AUGAGUGAAUCUACAGGAAAUACAAUCCUGGACUAUGCCCAGAGUUUGACCACGGUAAAGAAGGGUCUUCCGUUUGGUCAACCGGUUUGCGUGAUCCCUUCCCAUGCCAUCUCAACCACGGCUCAGCUUGCAGAGCUGGCUUCCGAGCUCGGUCCCCACAUUGCAUUCCUUCAAGUCCAAGCCGAAAACAUUGAAGAUUGGGGUCAAGAUACUAUCGACCAAAUGACAUAUUAUGCCAAAAAACAUGGUUUUAUUUUAUGGGAGGGGAGCCAGGUUUUGAAUUCGACAGUCAACUUCAUGGGACGAGGAUUAACCAACAUGGAGACCCGCAAGGUUCUAGCCGACUUUGUCCAGCAUAAAUACACCAGUGGAUUGUUGAGGACCGCACAGUGGUCUGGGCUGGCGAUCUCGUGGGCACCUGGAGUACCGUAUGACCAACAAGAAAAGGAUCUCUUAAUUCCAUCCCUUCGAAAGGCCUCCCGUGCUGCCGUCGCGGCUACAAGCAAAACCAUUCAAACCGAAAUCUCUGCCCAGGACAGUGAACCGACCUCCGAGCACGAAGAACCUCCCUUGUCUCCACCGUCGAACAAUGGCUGGGCUGAAUUCAUGGGGGAUAGUAUGGGCAACGCAUUGCGGAAGCUAUCAACCAUUUCCGUCAGUGAAUCUGUCACAAUGCAGCCUCAUGUUGAAACAGACGAAGGCAUCCCUCCUCCACCUCUUCUCGCCCGUGGCAUGACCCUCUUCUUACCAACUUCCAUCGACACGGCCUUCACGUACGAGUUCCGUCAGAGCACAAUGGCCGCUGCAUGCGCCAACUCGGACUUCGUGGCUGGGUUUGUCACCAGCGAGCCAUACUUCCCCAACUACCGUGGAAAUAACCUGUUGGAGAUUGCUUAUGAAGAUGGCCAUGGAAUCCGGAAUGACGAUAACGGUGACAAUCUGCUUAACAACUCCCAUUACAUGGACCAGGAUAUAACUCUCGGACUGUUCUCUCUUAUACCCCCGGAGAUCAUCCGUGACUAUUAUGAUGACUUUAAAAAGACCCUCGAUACUGGUUCGCAGUCUGAUCACAUCGCCAAGUUGUUCUUUAUGAUGGAUCGCGCUAUGAAGAUGCGAGAGACAAGUCGCCAAGCGAAAGAGAAAGAACGUGGAUCCCAUCCUGAACACAUCGAUAGGCAUAGCCCUGGGAUUUUCCAAGUGCCCGUCGUCAUUCUUCCCUGA